AUGCUAUCCUUCGUUCUGUGUACGUCCCUGGUUGGACUUGUUUCUGCUGAAGAGCUAGAAAAGCGUGGUGGUGGCGGCGAGACUUCGAUGUAUGAGAUGCUCAAUGAUGACCUCGCCCGGCUGAGUUUGCUGGUGCUGGGCCUCAUGGCGGCUGUUGUGUAUGUGUGGAAGAUGUGGCAUCGACUCUCGAGUCAUCUGCGACGACUAGCCAGCUUCAACAAUGAGCGACAACUAUACUUCGUGGCGCCGGACUCGAUGCUAUCGAAGAUCAAAACGCACAUCACCUAUGCGCCCUUGUUCCGAGCCCGACACAAUCGUGAAUUCCAACUGUCCCGGGCCGUUAACAUGGGUACAUUGCCGAGUCGACUUCACUCGUUUCUGCUGGUUGGCAUCGUUGCCAUGAAUGUCGUCCUCUGUGUGGUCACCGUGCCAUAUGGCACCACCGAGAGCACUACCGCAGGCAUCAUCCGUAACCGCACCGGAACAAUGGCCACUGUGAAUAUGAUCCCGUUGAUCCUCAUGGCUGGUCGAAACAACCCCUUGGUUACGCUGCUGCAGAUUCCAUUCGACACCUUCAAUCUGCUUCACCGCUGGCUCGGCCGCAUCGUGGUCUUGGAAGCCAUCGCUCAUAUCGUGGCUUGGAUGGUCCCCAAGGUUCAGACAUCGGGCUGGGCCAAGGUUGGAGCAAGUCUUGGGGCAAGCAACUUCCUUCUUGUUGGUCUGAUUUCGGGAUGUGCUUUCCUAGCUCUCCUGUUGCAUUCGCCUUCGCCUAUUCGACACGCCUUCUACGAGACGUUCCUCCACCUUCACAUUGUGUUCGCUGUGCUUGCGAUCGCCUUCCUUUGGGUCCACCUCAAUGGUAUGGUUUCUCAGUACUACCUGAUGGUCGGCAUUAUCUUUUGGGCUCUGGAGCGUGCUGCUCGGCUUGCGAUUCUCGUGUACCGUAACUGUGGCCGUGAGUCUACCACGGCCCUUGUCGAAACCAUGCCUGGCGAUGCGAUGCGGAUCACCAUCAAGAUGGCCCGACCCUGGACCUUCAAGCCCGGUCAGCACAUCUACCUGUACGUCCCUGCUGUGGGAUGGUGGACUUGCCAUCCGUUUUCGGUUGGAUGGAGCGAAGAAGCCGAGUCUCUGUCGGACGAGAAGGGAAUCCCCAUGAACCGACAGGAUAUGUUGGGCCUGCAGAAGACUACCAUUUCCUUGCUCGUACGUCGGCGAACCGGGUUCACCGACAAACUGUUUCAGCGGGCGCAGAACUCGCCUGGUGGGCGGGUGUCGCUGCGGGCACUAGCGGAAGGACCGUAUGGCAGCAUCCACUCGAUGGACUCUUACGGCACAGUGCUUCUCUUCGCCGGUGGUGUUGGUAUCACCCAUCAGGUGCCGUUUGUGCGCCAUCUCGUCCAGGGAUAUGCCGAGGGUACCGUGGCAGCGCGUCGUGUGACUUUGGUUUGGAUCAUCCAAUCUCCUGAGCACCUCGAGUGGAUUCGUCCCUGGAUGACUAGCAUUCUGUCCAUGGAUCGUCGCCGGGAAGUGCUCCGCAUCAUGUUGUUUAUCACCCGGCCGCGCAACACCAAGGAGAUCCAAAGUCCCAGUGCGACCGUGCAGAUGUUCCCCGGCCGACCCAACAUCGAUACCCUGGUGGGCAUGGAGGUCGAGAACCAGAUCGGAGCGAUGGGCGUGCUCGUCUGCGGCAACGGUGGUCUGAGCGAUGAUGUGCGACGAGUAUGCCGCAAUCGACAGGAUCGCACGCAGGUCGAUUUCAUCGAGGAGAGCUUCACCUGGUGA